CAGCGCGCAUUCAUUGGCUGCUGCCGUGUGCGCCGUGUUGUCCCCCAGCGCGAGCGGCUCUGCCCCUAUUCACAUGUUAAUAAGCCACUAUAAAUACUAACAACAGCCACUCAGCGCUAGCAGCACGUCUCACUAACAUCGCACAAUAAACACAGGCGCCUACAGCUUUGCUUCCUUUCCGUUUGCCAGCUGCCCCUCGUUGACCGCCCCAAAGGGAUCGGCAGUUUUGGGAGACGAACGCGGACCAUCAUGGCACCCUCGGCUCGGCCCAGCAAGAACCCAGUCGGGACGGACGAGGACGAUUCGUUUUUCGGAAUCCAGAAAUCCGACAGAAAGAUUAGAAAACCUCUGGUGGAAAAGAAGAGGAGAGCUCGCAUCAAUGAGAGUUUGCAAGAGCUACGCGGUCUACUGGCAGACACAGACUUUCACGCCAAAAUGGAGAACGCAGAGGUGCUGGAGCUCACAGUGAAGAAGGUUGAGGACAUUUUGAAAAACAGAAAUCAAGAGUCUGAGAGGAUGAACAGAGAAGCGAGCGAGCGUUUUGCAGCCGGUUACAUCCAGUGCAUGCACGAAGUCCACAUGUUCGUGUCCAGCUGUCCGGGGAUCGACGCGACGGUAGCAGCGGAACUCCUCAACCACCUUUUGGAGUGCAUGCCCCUCAACGAAGACCACCUGCAAGACGUGAUGGACCUCAUAUCGGACACGCACAACAGCAGCAGCAGCAGCGGCAGCAGCGGCACCGGGAGUACUUGGGCCAACGGAACGAGCGGAGACUCCAUUUGCUCAUCCAUGCUGGCUUCUCCGGGAGGAAGGAGCGCGGUGUCGGCUCUGUCCCCGGCUCCCUCCACGAUUUCCAGUGAAGAUCUUUGCUCCGAUCUGGAUGAGACAGACAGCGAGCAUAACCAGAGCUCUACGGAAAGCAUAGCGGGUCGGGAGGGCCAGCCGACAGUCGCCUACCCGUGGUCAAUGUGGAGGCCUUGGUGAAGAAAUCGGAAAAUAUGGACUAAACCCGGAAGUUGGGACGCUACUACGGACUACUAAAACUGCAGUACAUUCACAGAUCAGGUGUAACAUUAUGACUAAUCGGGCGUAACAUCGUGUAACUUCUUGGCUGGGAGUCCUCCACCUGCUUGUUUCCAUGGAGAUGUCAUUGCUCCGCCUGGAAUGUUCCAAAGUAUGACAUUAACAGCUCUACUUUUUACAUUUAUUCAAUUACAAGUGGUUUUAUCUCUCAAAAAUAUCUAAAAAAACAAACAUUCUGACUGUGAGCGGCGUCGCCUCUCAACAGAUCUGACUGUAACUUAGUUUGUCCUGGUCUCCGUGAAGAUAUAAACAUUUAAAACCAUACUGUGAAACAUUCCGGACAAAGCAAUAACACCUCCGCAGAGAAAAGCUUUUGACGGACCUUCCACCAGAAAAGUUAUACAACGUAAUCAUACUUCAAAUAUUAUCUGUCUGCUGGAUAAACUCGAUACAUCCAAGGUGUAUUUCGACAACUUUUCUUCAACCAUUUGAGCUAUAGUUGGAUUGGACAAGAAAUUCUUCAGUUCUAUUGACACAAGUUUCCAACCAUGGAUCAUUUUGGAUACUAACUGACCACUAAAGUCUGUUCAGGAACUACAAACUGUUAAGGAAGUACCAUUUUUUGGACAUUCUCUGACCCGAUUGCGUACACAUCACAAAUUGGACUUGGUCAAACACAAGCUUUGACAAUUUCUGUUUCUGAAAUACAAACUUCUCCAGAUCUUGACUCGUCCACAUGCCUAAAAAAAAAUAAGAAAAGAAAGAAUUCACAAUGUUAUGCCUGAUGAUUUGGGAUCUUCCACUAUUGACCACUACCAAACAACUAUUACUUUGUAUUAUAUUCAAAUCCAUGCACUGUUCAACUCUUCAAGACUCCGGAAUAUUUCCAAAUGAAGUAAAAUUCCCAAAAUGACAUGGACUUUUGCAUUUUUCCACUUUGUAAAAUGACUGUUUGGUGAAUGAUGACCUAAAAUACUCUUGUCUCUUGUAUAAUAAUUAUGUAUAUAUCAUAAUCUCAGUGUGAUAAAGCUCUUUUAGACAUUUGCCUUUCAUUAUUAUUAAUAUAAAUAUGUCAAUUGUAUUCUGUAUUCUAAGGGUCUAGUUGUUCGGACCUGUAGCUUUCUAAAAAAAAGACUGUUUUAUGUUGUAAUGUUUUUUAUUAUUUAGAAAUGUUUUACAUUAUAAUAUGCAUCAAUUUUAUAUAAUAAAAUAAUGUAGCUUAAUCUUAA